CACACGUUGAGUGUGCGGUGUCAUAAAAAAAAGGAAGCAAACACACUCUUCCUUCUCUCUAAUAUCGCUCCAAUUUUGAAGUGCGUUUCGGUUUAAGGCCAAUCUCUACGAAUCUGCGUUAGAAAGCAAUCACACAUCUCCUCGCGACUACGAAGACCAGAAUCCAUGGCGAUAAGGUCAGUAAAAGUUGGCAAUCUCUCCUCAGGAGCAACAGAGCAUGAUAUAAAAGAGUUCUUCUCUUUUUCUGGCGAAGUUGAAAGCAUCGAUCUCCAAGGUAACGAGCACAGUGCUUAUGUCACAUUCAAAGAUCCUCAAGGAGCAGAGACUGCUGUGCUCUUAUCGGGUGCGAGUAUUGCCGAUCAAUCAGUCAUCAUUGAGAUGGCUCCUAACUACACUCCACCUGCUGCCCCUCAUUCUGAAACACAGAGUGGUGUUGGAGGCGGCGCAGAAUCUGUUGUGCAGAAGGCAGAAGAUGUUGUGAGCACCAUGUUAGCGAAGGGUUUCAUUCUCGGGAAAGACGCGGUCGGCAAAGCAAAAGCUUUUGAUGAGAAGCUCGGUUUCACUUCAACCGCAACAGCAGGAGUUGCUACGAUAGACCAAAAAAUCGGACUAAGCCAAAAAAUCACAGCUGGUACAAGCUUGGUGAACGAAAAGAUCAAAGAGGUGGACCAAAGCUUCCAGGUUACAGAGAGGACCAAGUCUGCGUUUGCGACUGCAGAACAGACGGUGAGCAGCGCAGGAACCGCUGUAAUGAAAAACCGUUAUGUGUUAACCGGUGUGAGCUGGGCCGCAGGAGCGUUCAACAGAGUGGCUAAAGCGGCUGGAGAGGUUGGACAGAAAACUAAAGAGAAGGUUGAAGCUGAGCAACCGCCACAACCCUCACAGUCGCAGCAGCAACCACCACCACCGGAAGGGUAUUCUCCGAUCCAUUCGUCUGAAUACUCCAAGAACUAAUAUCACUCCAGUGAAAAGGUUUCGUUUUUAACUUCUCUUUCUUGUUGGUUUCUUUGAUAUGAAAAUCGGGAAUUUGGUUUUGGUCUUUUUCGGAUGUAACGUAAAAGCUAUGCCUGGAUCUUUUCUAUUACUAGUUCGGGGUUUUUUUUUAUAAGAUAUGUUAUUCCAUACUUUUAGUAUUUGUAAACAUAUAGAUAAAUUUUGAAGUCUAAAAAUCAAAUUAUCCCGGAUGAAGUA